AUGUCAGAGCCAACAGCAAAUAAUGGCGCAUCAUCAUCCGAUUCGCAGCAGCAGCCCAAUGAUGCUGCUGCCAUGAUGAUUGGGGCGGCGACCUUAAUAAGAGACCAAGGGCAAAUUCCGUCCACAGUGAUCAAUCAUCAUCACCAUCAUGAAGGAGGAGAAGACGAUCAGGAGACUUGUGUGUCCUCCAUUACCCUUCCGGUACCCAAAGACUCCAUGUAUCCCACCGUACAGGAUGUUAUUGCAGAACAGCAACACGAGCAGGACGAGCCACUGAUCCAUUGGGAGACACCACCGUUGAAUACUACAUGUAAUGCUCCAAGCACAGUGGAACAGCAGGGAGGUGUGGCCAGUCAUAACAACUGUCAUACUGGUACCAGCAAUAAUGUACCAAUGGCAGAAAGAGACGAUGAGACACAUCAUCAAUCCGUCGUGGAAGACAACGACGACGAAAACAACCAAGAUCAGACCCUAACGGAAAUUCUCACAAAACGAGACAAAUUGGAGGCGGUGCAGCACUCCUAUUAUCAGGCCGAGGAUGACUUUUCUCGGAAAAUGGAGGCGGCACUGCUACUGACGACGAGUGGUGCUUAUGAUACUAGUAGUGGACAUCCAGACAGCUGUGACAACGAAGGAGUCAAUACUACUGAAGCUGCCGACUUGGCAGCACGUACGGCUGCUUUUAAUCACCUGGACAGAAAGUUGGCUGCGGGGAAAGGAUCUGACAAUAUCAUAUUAGUCAGUGAAGAAGAAAUACCACAAGAAAAGCUUCCGGAUCUGGUAGAACCGGUGGAAGAGUUGGUGGUGGUGGAAGACGGUAGUUUGUUGACUACUGCCAAGAAGAAGAGAGAUAUUGCUGCCGGUUCUGAUCCCAUGGUGGUGGACCUGAAGAAUAGGAAUGCUGCGGGAAGAGAUGCCACAAGUGAAGAAGACGUACUACAAGGGACGGAAGAACCAGCAGUUCCAGAGACACAAUUGCAUGCAAACCAGACACUGCCACAGCCAGGGCCAGGAGCCUAUGGCAUUGAUGGCCCCGGUCCCGGCAGAGGCCCCGCUAUCCGCAGUGGCAAUACUACCAUUCACAAUAAUGAGGGUGACACUGGAAUCAUUGCCGCCACAACUGAUACUACGACGGAGACUUGA